UUUUCUUCGAGGGAACAUACAAUUACUAUCUGCUUUUCUAUUCUAUUACUAUUCUUCACGUUAUUAAAUUUAAAUUUAUACCUCUGUUAUUUUUUCAUUAUUGUUUUUUUUUAAUUAUUUAUUUUCUUAAUUAUAAUAUUUUUUAUACAUUUUAAAGGCAGUUUUAUAAAACUAUGUAUGCUGUAAAAACUCCAAGUAAAUAUAUGUCAGCAAAAACUAGAAGAGGAGUUCGUCAUAGUUUUGAUAGAUUAGAUUCAUUCCGUGAGAAUCUGAAAAAAGGCAAUGGAACUGAAGAAGAAGAACUACCUUUGCCUGAACCAAAACCAGUUUUCCACUCUAAUAGUCACAGGAAAUCAUUUCACAAGAAUCAUUCCUCUCUACCUGAUGUAUUGAGUCCUCAGCAUGAAAAACUCAUUCAAUAUAUUAAUGAUUCUUGGCAUUCAGUAGUAGACAUUGAAGAAUCAUUAGAAAACUCAAAAAAAAUUGUAUACUUUCAACCUCAAAAUACAACAGAUAUACUUAACGAUUUUCAAGCAUUUGACUUAGAAACAUAUUGGAUCAAGAGGUUAUACAAUAAUAUAACAAAAUCAGUGCCAUGAUUUUUUAGUGCAAUACUUUAUAGAAUAAUGAGACUUGCCAGAAGCUUAUUAUGUUUGUUAAAGAUAUGCUGAAGCUUGCAUACAUAUUUAGUCAAUUUUGUGCAUCAAAAUCUAGAUUUUUUUUUUUGUUAUUUAAAUAAAAUUCUGGAGAAAUUGGAGGGUUUAAUGGCUAUAGUAGUUCCAUAGUAGUUUAUAAAAUGUAUGUUAAAAAAAAAUUGUUAUUACAAUUAUUGUAUUGAUUAAUGUCUUGUGUUUCCUGAUAUUUUACUAUUAAUUAUUUAUUUGUUAUUGUAUUAUACAAAUUUAUGUAGCGAGUUAUCUGAACAAGACUGAAAUUUGUAUUCAACAUUUACAUACAGCUUUGCUUAUCUUUUUUCCUCUAGAUCAGGCCUAAAAACAUUAGAUGUUAUGGAAAUUAAUUUACUUUGUUUAGUCAAUUUUAAAUAUUUUUAACUUUGUUCAUUUAAUUUUUAAUAUGUAAAUUAAAUCUCUUAGUUUUCAUCAAUUUAAAAUAAAAAUGCAGGAAAAAAUUACUUUUUCAACUUCACAUUGAAGUUCAAUCUUUUCAUUAAACAUCUUGUAUAUACUGCUUAUUACAAAUUAUGUAAAUUUUGUAGCUAAAUGGUAAAAGUUUAUGUAAAACUUGUGCAAUUGUUUUCAAAUAGACAGUAAGUUCACUUGUUAUAGUAAAUUGUAGAGUGAACUUAGUUGUAUUUGAGUAUGAUAAAAAAUUUUUUUAUUAGAAAUGAGAUAUUUUAUUAUUUAUUUAAAUUUUAGUCUUCCAAGUCAUAAAUAGUCUCAUAUUAUGUAAAUCGAAAAAUCUCCAAUUUGUUUAAAGCUGCAACAUUCUCUCUUCUAACAAAUAUUCUGUUAACUAAAUCUAAAGUCAACAGAUAAGAGUAAAUAUGAAAUGUCAGGAAAUUUUAGUAAUUUCCUAAGACUUCAUCAUCAAAUAGUGAAUUUUUUAUCAUGUUUCAAAUUAUUCAAUCACUUAAAAAAUAAAUGUUAACUAAUAUAAUUAUGUUA